AUGAGUCGUUUUGCAACCAGAGUCUCCGAAGAUCUUCAAAAAGAAUGUUGUGCAGCCAUGCUUAAUAACAAUAUGAUUCUUUUUGGGAUGCGGUUUCAUGCUCAAAAGGUUGAGGGAAGUCAAGUAAGUAAAAUGAAUAAGGAAGCUAAGAGGGCAAAGUCUUCUGAAACUGCUGCUCAUAAAAGUAGUCUUGAUGUUCAAGACAAGCCUAAGGUUAAAGGGAGUAACGUUGAUCCACCAAGAGAAAGACCAUCUUGUGGUAAGUGUGGUUCUACCCUUUAUUUUGUUACACCUUUGGUAGCUAGGAAGUUUGAUGUACCUCUCGAUGUUUUUAUUGAACCAUAUUCUGUUUAUACCCCAAUGGGUGACUCUGUUUCAGAAUUGAAAGAUUUGAAGCUCCAACUCAAAGAUUUACUAGACCAGGGUUUCAUUCAACCAAGAAUUCGUUCAUGGGGUUCUCCGGUCUUAUUUGUUAAGAAGAAGUAUAGGUCCCUUCAAAUGUGUAUUGAUUAUUGCCAACUUAAUAAUGUCACCAUACAGAACAAGUAUCUUCUCCCUAGGAUUAGUGAUCUAUAUGAUCAAAUCCAAGGUUCUAGAUACAUUUUGGUGAUUGACCUUAGGUUGGGAUGUCAAAAACUCAGGGUGAGAGGUGAAGAUGUUCCCAAGACAGCUUUUUGA